AUUCAAUAAGGGCUGGAGAGGCCGGAGCAUUCCUGAGCACUGAGCUGGAGGCUGCACUCCCCGACGGCCAUGGGGCCCUGGUGCUGCCUGCUCCUCCUGCCGCUCCUCGCCGUGCCCCUCCGUGCCCAGCAGCAGCAGUUCAUGGAGUACGUGGAGCGGCGCCUCACCCUCCUGGAGGAGAGGAUCUCACAGUGGCACGACCAGAGCAGCCGCUACUCCACGGAGCUGCGGGACUUCAAGAACCAGGUGCUGGGGAUGCUCGAGGCAGCGGAGAAGGAGCGGGAGGCGAUGCGGGCGGAGGCCGAGAGCGCCGCGGUGCGCGUGGACCGGCUGGAGCGGGAGGUGGACUACCUGGAGACACAGAACCCUGCACCGCCCUGCGUGGAGGUGGAUGAGACCCUGAUGGAGAAGCAGGUGGCCACAGCCAAGCAGAGGAAGAAUGAGAAGUACACCAAGCUGACAGACUGCAGCGACACCAUUGCCAGCGUCAGAGCCAUGAAGAUCCUGAAGCGUUUCGGCAGCACCUCGGGGCUCUGGACCAAGGACGCCGCGGGGAACUCAGAGAAGAUCUACGUGUUCGAUGGCACCGCCAACGACACCGUGUACGUGUUCCCCCGCAUGAGGGAGUUCACCCUCUUCUCCGCCACCCGCAAGGCCGCCCGCAUCAAGCUGCCCUACCCCUGGGUGGGCACCGGGCACCUCGUCUACGAUGGGCACCUCUACUACAUCCGCCAGCAGGGCCUGUCAUUCCAGGUGAUCAAGUUCAACCUGGCCAACAAGACGGUGGUGGACAGCUCGGUGUUCCCGGCCGAGGAGCAGAUCCCCGUCUUCGGGCUCUCCCCCUUCACCUACAUCGAGGUGGCGGCGGACGAGGAGGGGCUGUGGGCCAUCUACGCCACCAAGGAGGACGAGAAGAACAUCUGCCUGGCCAAGCUGGACCCCGGCUCGCUGGACAUCGAGCAGAUGUGGGACACGCCGUGCCCGCGGGAGAACGCGGAGGGCGCGUUCGUGGUGUGCGGGGCCCUGCACGUGGUGUACAACACGCGCCUGCCCAGCCGCUCGCGCGUCCAGUGCGUGUUCGACGUCAGCGGCACCCUGGCCCCCGAGGACGCCUCCCUCGUCUACUUCCCCAAGCGCUACGGGUCCCACUCCAGCAUGAAGUACAGCCCCCGGGAGAGGCAGGUCUACGCCUGGGACGACGGCUACCAGAUCAUCUACCGCAUGGAGAUGAAGAAGAAGAUGGAGGUCUGAGGGGCCGCCCACUCUGCCCCGUCUCCCACCACUGUGAAAGGAUGAAACGCUGGAUCCCCGCCCAGGCCAACCCCUUUCACACACCAGCACCAGGCCUGGGACCACCCUGAGGAACCCUGGACUAAUUGAAGGAGGUUUUCUUCUCUGUGAUACAAUGAAUAAAUACUACGCAGCGAGUGCGGUCACCUGCCUGGGGGGAGCAGGGGGUGCUGGGGCCAGGCUGCCAGAGCUCUGAGCCCCACUUGGUCCCAGAGUCACCCCAAAAGGCCCUUCCCAGGGGCAGGGAGUCCAUGCAGGGCUGGCUGGAGCAGCAAGUGCUGCCCAGUGGGGGACUGGGCAGGGAUUUAUGUUGGGGCUUUGGGGGUCUUCGGGCAGGGAUUGAAGUUGGAGCUUUGGGUGAGGGUUUUGGGGGGGAUUUGGGCAGGGAUUGAUGCUGAGGCUUUCAGCAGGUCCCUGGUCAGGGCCAGCUUGUUUUACAUAUACAAAACUGUGAGCAAACAGCAAAAUCCCUUAAUCUGGGAGGACAAAAGGAGAUUGCUGUCCCAUGCUGGGGUGGUGUCAGCCAGCAGGCACCAGAUGUUGCUGAUUUUCUGAGUUGAUUUCUGAUGAAGCACAGUUGUCUUCCCCCUGCAGCCAAAGAAUCACCACCUUACGUGAGGCCCCGGAUCCCCCAGCCCCUUCCCUUUCCUGUUCCUGCACAGAGGAGCCCCAGAGGUGGUGGGACAGGACAGGGCAGGAUCUGGGAGCCCCUCAUGGAAUGGGGAUGCAGCCUCCUGUUGCCACCAUGCCACGUCCUUCCUGCCCCUGCAGCAACUGUCCCACAUGUCCCACUUGCCCCACACCCCUGCAGGGUGCAGGAUUUGGCCCAUUUCAGGCCAGAGAUGCUGUGGGGCCCCUCCAGAAACCCGGGUUUGCUGUGAUUUGUUCCUGUCACAAUGUCCUGAGAGCACAGAGGGUGGAUCAGGAGGUGUUUCUGUGUUGUGAGCAUCCCUUUUUCCCAUCAGAGGUCAAUUCUGGGGACAAGCACUGAACAUGUGAAGCUGUGGGCUGGGCUGGUCAGGUGGGGAUUGCAUCCUGCUGGUGCCAGCUCGGGGAUGAGAGGCCACAGAGCUGCCUGGUCACCCCAGGGAGGUGCCAGCCCCAUGGGGAGCACCAGUACCAAGCACCUGGGGGGAUCCUGGGGCCACCAGCCCUCCCAGGGUCAUGGCAUGGCCAUGCCACCCCCCUGUCACCAUGAGGCCCAUUCAGCAUCCCUCCAUACCCACCUUAAUUCAAGCUGUCCUGCAGUGUGGAAGGCACUGGGUAUUUCCUUCAAGUUCUUCUGUAUUAUAAUCAAAAUAUCUUCUAGUUGCAUAAGAAAAAUCUUCAAAUAUGCACUUUGAAUGACUGUAAUUGGCUGGUGCUGAAAGUUCAACACACAGUGGAAGUCAAGCAGAGAAAUUAUCCAAGUGUGAAAGGCUCUGUGAACUGUCAAGUUAAUUUAUGGCCCCUUUCAAGAUCAAUAACUACGGUACCAGAAAUAUAAUUUUCAGAAAUCUCA